AUGACUCAGAAACCGCACACCGAAUGGCGAGAAGAGGGAAAGAAGGAGAGCGGAAAUUUUGGUAAAAGAUUCAUCAUGGAUACACCUUCCGUAUAUAUGAUACCAUUGAUGGUUAAACUUGUUAUUUGGCACCUCUCCACCAAAACCAAACCGGUUUCUGCGAUUGUCAAACCUGAAACGGCAUUCUCACGGACAACAAAGCGCACACCCCAUCAUCAUGAUCCUUCUUGGCCAAUUGAUAGUUACAGACACGACAUACUGUUGUCGUAA